UUUAUUGUCCGUCUGUUUCGCAGCAAUCUCUUAACGAUUGCGUUAAAAAAUUGUUCGUGUUUCUUUUUUUUCUGCACAAAAUUAAACACUCUUAUCGAUCUUUAAAGAAAAAAAAUUAUGUGAAAACUAUUCCAAUUGAUAAAAAUAAAUCACAAAACCAACAAAAUUAAUAUGAAAACCUAAAUAAUUGUGCGGUUCAUACAAAAAAAUUUUUUUUUGCAAAAAAGAAAUGCUAUAAAAAAAUAUACUUAAUUAGCUCAUAAGGGUCAAGCUAAAAAGCUGACCAAAACCGAAAAGAGUUUACAAAUGUUUAGACCCUACGCGAAGGUAGUUUGUUGUGUCAGUUAAGGAAUUUACUCUCGAAUCAAUUCGUGAAUUAUGAUAAGAAGCUAGAAACAAGUUAGCCAUAGAGCAACACAGACGACUUCCUUUUAAACGCAAGGAAGACAUAAUACAAGAACGACAACGACUUGGUUGACGACUACGACGACGCUCGAUAAAAAGAUCGAAAAUAAAAAAAACCAAGAAAGCCAGUAGGACGUCAUAUAGAAAAAAAGAGUAUAAGCAAGGAAGGAAGGAAGGAAACCCUGAAGAAAAAAAGGAAGAAUAAAGGAAAUAUAUAACGAAAAUUCGAUACGAAUUGAAUUGGAUACUGCUGCAAUGAAGAUGGAAACGAUGAUGAUCGAUAAUGAAGUAGCAGCAGCUGCUGCUUCUGCGGCACACGAUGCGACAAUUGAAUGUAUUUGGGGAAAACUAAGGAAUACAUUGCGGCCACGAAGGGAUAGUAUUACUACGGCAUCAAAUGAGUUUUUUAAGUUCAUUGCGAGAUUUUCAGGACGACGACGGAGUCCCGGAAUUAACCUAGAAGCAAUAGUUCUUUUAGUCAUUAUAUCAUUAUUUUCAACAUCAGAAGCCUGCUCUAGCCGUACUGUACCAAAGCCCAGACCACCACCACCAAGCCCUACACCUCGGCCAAACAUCACAUUCCACACAUAUUCAUGUCCACCUAAUUAUGCAGCUUGGUAUUGCCUUAAUUCAGCAACGUGUUUCUCAGUAAAAAUUGGCGAUGAAAUUUUAUACAAUUGCGAAUGUGCUGUUGGAUACAUGGGACCACGAUGCGAGUAUAAGGAAAUCGAUGGUUCAUAUCUACCAACUCGACCAAGAGCUAUGUUGGAAAAGGCCAGCAUCGCCAGUGGAGCCACUCUUGCCUUAAUAUUUGUACUAAUUCUAUGCCUAACGUGGUAUAUGCGAUGUCAACAGAAACAAAAAGCUCGCAGACUCGAACAAGCCGAUUGUGGAAUGGACGUAGUCGAUGGAAUGAUGAAGCCCGAAAAGAGGCCCUUCGGUCCUCAUCAUCAUUACACACUCCCAAUGACAAGCACUUUUAAGCGAUAAACAUGUUUUUUAAACACUUUACUAUUUAUUGAAAACAAAUAUAUAUAUAUAUUAUAUAAUGUACCCUAUUAUUAUAUUUAAAAACAAAAACAAAAAAACAAUUUUAAUUUUAAAUUUAAUAACUUAAUUUAAUUAUUAUUUAAUUAUUAAUCUAUUCUUUUUUUCACAAAAAAAUAUAAUUUGUGUUGUUUAUACGUAAGGAAUAUUUAUUAUGCAUUAGUUUAUAAGAAAAAUAAAAACAAAUCUUAACAAUUCAAGUUCAAGAGUUCAAAGUUAAAACAAACAUUAAAAAAAAGUUAUCGCGAAACUAUAUUACAAAAAAGAAAUGCAAUUAGAAUUAUAGAUACAAAAAGCAAACAUAAUUUCCUAUGACAAAACUAUGUAAGUGGCUAACAAAACUAUUCACUCAGUGAUGGUUAAAAGUGCCUCAGUGGUAAAAAUAAUAAUAAAAAAAAGAAAGCAAAAAUCAAAA